CCCCGGCCCGUCUAGCGUCAGGUCGUACCCUGCACGCUACCGGAAGCGCGGCGCCGCCACCGGGUUUCGCCCGUCCCCAGGCCAGCCGAGUCCUUGAUUUCCUGGCGGAGGUGCUCCCUCAGUCUGUCGACGCUGGUCCGGCCGCAAGGGGUGAGUCUGCAGCCGGUAGGGACAAUCGCGCUCCCUCCGCUGCGCCUUGUCCCUGCCCCGCGCCCAGCCGGAGGAAGAGCGCCGUGAGUCCCCAGCCCGCAGUGGUAGGCGAAAGUCGAGAUGUGUGUCUUCGGCCCCAGGCUCCUGGGUGCAGAUCCCCGGCUGGGGCGGACCGAGCUCGGCCCUGGCUGUGAGUCGGCAGAGCGUCCCCGGCGGCCUGGGCCCCGCGGGAGGGAGAAUCUCGCAGAGCCAACUGUCGAGGGGGGCCUUGGAGGACGCUUCGCCCCAAACCGGGAUGGGAAAACUGAGGUGUAGAGGGAGGGAGAGGGAUUGGGAACGGCCUUGCAGAGGCCACCGAAUGAGCAGGGCCAAAGCCCCAGAACUCUGGCCCGGGGUCUUUGACCUCGAGCGGAUCCCCGCAGGGCGGCCAGGGGUCCGGUACUCACUGCUCACUGUGACACAGCCCUCCCAGUACAUCAGGGAGUGCGUAUGGCGUCUUGUCCCCUGCACCAAGCCCCCUCUAGCCGAGGAGGACCCCGACGCUGUGGCGGAGCGGGGACGAGAGUGACUUGCCCAAGAUUAUCGCCGAGCGGGUGCGAGCUGAAGCUCGUUCCCGCGGUCCCGGGAGAGUCCAGGCUGCCGCCUCCUGGAGGAACGCCCUGCUGCCACCCCUGCCCCUGCUCCCCGCCCGGGGGGAUCGCGGCCGCCCCUCGAUGCGCAGCAUCCCGCUUCCCAGGCCCGGCGUGUCCCCGCUGUGCCGGCUCAGAGCUUAAUUUCGGCGUCCUCAUUGUUCCCUGGGGAAUCCCUCUCCAAGAUCAGCCCAAGCGCUGUUGCCCUGGUCCGGAGGAUGGCCGCCCUUCGCUCGCCGCAGGAGCUUGGGAGGGAGACCUGAGAGCCAAGGCAGGGGACCGGUCCUUGGGGCACAGCUGCAGGCUUCGGGUCUUCCCCGGACCCCCCGAAGACACAAGCUCAGAGCCUGACGGCCCUGAGAGAGGUGGGCGGAUCCGCCAGGUCACACCCAGGCUCUGCAGGUGCUCAGGCUCAGAUGCUGCACCCAGAGAUGCGCUGCCGCAAACUAGCCCUGGGCCUGGGGUUCGGCCUGCUGGUGGGCGUGGCCCUCUGCUCUCUGUGGCUGUAUGUGGAGAACGUGCCGCCGCCGGUCUAUAUCCCCUAUUCUCCCUGCCCUGAGAUCUUCAACAUGAAGCUCCAGUACAAGGUGAAGCCAUUCCAGCCCGUGGCACAGUCCCAGUACCCUCAGCCCAAGCUGCUUGAGCCAAAGCCCUCAGAGCUCCUGACGCUCACAUCCUGGUUGGCACCCAUCGUCUCCGAGGGCACCUUCGACCCUGAGCUUCUGCAUCACAUCUACCAGCCGAACCUGACCAUCGGGCUCACGGUGUUUGCCGUGGGGAAGUACACCCAGUUCGUCCGGCGCUUCCUGGAGUCGGCCGAGCGCUUCUUCAUGCAGGGCUACCGGGUGCACUAUUACAUCUUCGCCAGCGACCCCGGGGCCAUUCCUGGGGUCCCGCUGGGCCCCGGCCGCCGCCUCAGCAUCAUCACCAUCCAGAGGCCCUCCCGCUGGGAGGAGGCCUCCAUACACCGGAUGGAGGCCAUCAGCCAGCACAUUGCCUCCAGGGCGCACCGGGAGGUCGACUACCUCUUCUGCCUCAGCGUGGACAUGGUGUUCCGGAACGCAUGGGGCCCCGAGACCUUGGGGGACCUGGUGGCUGCCAUUCCGGGCUACUUCGCCGCACCCCGCCAGCAGUUCCCCUACGAGCGCCGGCAUGUUUCUACCGCCUUCGUGGCAGACAGCGAGGGGGACUUCUAUUAUGGUGGGGCGGUCUUCGGGGGGCGGGUGGCCAGGGUGUACGAGUUCACCCGGGGCUGCCACAUGGGCAUCCUGGCGGACAAGGCCAAUGGCAUCAUGGCGGCCUGGCAGGAGGAGAGCCACCUGAACCGCCGCUUCAUCUCCCACAAGCCCUCCAAGGUGCUGUCCCCCGAGUACCUCUGGGAUGACCGCAGGCAGCCCCCCAGCCUGAAGCUGAUCCGCUUUUCCACGCUGGACAAAGACAACCAACUGGCUGAGGAGCUGACAGCACAGCCGGGGCUGCUGUGCAUGCGGGGGGACCCCAAGCCCUGCCCCCAGCUCGCCCCAGCAGCGCCUCCUCGCCCGCACGCCUCACUUCCCAAGCCUUCUGUGCAACCAGCCCUGCGCUGCCUACCUCUCAGGCUGCCAGCAGACUCCAAGGCCUGUGUAAACUGUGAAGGGCUGUGCCCUUGUGAGAACACACGUCCUGUGGGCCAGGAACGGUCAGACGGGAGGAGAGGGACCAGAGGUGGAAGAAGACGGGACCCGCAGUCCUCACCCAGCCCACGUGCCUUCGGGGUGGGCGCUGGAGGGUCAGCCCUGCCCAGUGCCUGACGUCCCGCCCACCCCCCUUUUGUGGCCGUUUGUACCUCUGACACAUGAGAGAGGUAUCCUGGACCCCUGUCCUCUGGCUGCAGGGGCCCCGGGGACUGUUCUGUCCCCCUGCCACACGGAGCCAGUACCUCACUCAGGACCCCAACCGAGCCUUCGAAAUGGACCCCGCCUGGGCUCUCUCGUUCCACGUCCAGCCUGCCUCUGCGUGGACCACGCUCCCUGGUGCCCGCCGCCUCCUUUGCAAGGGGGUUUGGGCAGCUUUUAAUACAGGUGGCAAGUGCUCAGCCCUAACCAGGGUUUUCUGCA